AGGAGCGUCCCUUUUCUCUUGUGACGUCACAACCCUUCGAACACUGGGAGCAGCAGCAGUAGCAACAAUAACAGUAUCAGAGAGGAACCAUUUCCCUGCGAGUUGGCCAGCUGGGAACUGCUGCUGUUACUGGCAGAGGGACAGAACUGCAGCCACCAAAUUAGAAAGCUCAAGAAGGGGAUCAGAAAUAGAAACGUCUCGUCUCAGAAGCCAUGUCGUCGAGCGGGACGCCUGGGUUGCACCAAGAAGAAAAUCUGCAGGGUUCUUGGGUGGAACUCCACUUCAGCAGCAAUGGAAAUGGUAAUGGUGGCCAACCUGCAAGCCAGGAACAAGUGCCAGCUUCAGUUUCGAUUUACAACGGUGACAUGGAAAAAAUCCUCCUGGAUGCACAGCAUGAGUCUGGGAGGAGCAGUUCACGAGAGAGUUCGCACUGUGACAGCCCCCCUCGUUCCCAAACACCUCAAGAUAUUCACAGAACUUCUGAAGUAGAGAGUCGUGGCAGCGGAGAAAAGAAUAGCUUCCAGUCUGAAGAAGAUUUUCUGGAACGAAGGAAAGAAAUUGAACGGCUUUUGAAGAAAAAUUCUGACUGGAUGUGGGACUGGUCCAGCAGACCUGAGAAUAUUCCACCCAAGGAAUUUCUCUUUAAACACCCUAAACGUACAUCUGCUCUCAGUAUGAGAAAUACCAGCAUGAUGAAGAAGGGAGGCAUAUUUUCUGCAGAAUUCCUGAAGGUUUUCCUACCCUCACUGCUGCUAUCUCAUCUGUUAGCCAUUGGACUCGGGAUAUAUAUCGGAAGACGAUUGACAACCACAGCUUCCAGCAGCUCAUUGUAAGAGGCAGAAAUGAGUCUUGUCUGUCCUGCAAAAUGUUGGCAACGUUCAUCCAGACAUAUAAGAAACAGUGAACAAAAGGAACUCCUGGGUGUGCAGCAGCAUCAUGGCUAUAUCUAUUUCGUUCUCUAAAUGUCAUCCUCCUAGCCUACUUGUUAAAGAGAAGUAUGAAAACCAAAGUCAAACAGCUCUUGUAUGUACAUCCAUUUUUGUUUUGUAUAGCAUAGGUUAGAUCAAGCGCAAGGAGCACAUGGCCUAUCAAAUUUUGUUGGUCUCCAGAUCCCAGUAGCCAUUGUCAGCCCAGCUAGUGAUGAGGAAUGAUAGCAGUUAUAGUUCAACACCAUUUGGAAGCCCCCAUCUCUGUUAUAGAUUAUUGGAGAUUUUUUUUUAAAAAAAAUCCCUACCAACUCUGUGGCAAAAAAUUGUAAUAUUGUUAGUGGAUAUUGUGUAGCAUGGAAUUAACCUGCUUGUUUUCUAUUUUGUAAAGACGUUAUUUGGGAUUGUUCUUGGCAUCACUUUAUUGUAAAGAGAAUAGUGGGCCAAGAUUCUUGUGGCCUUACAUUUCUAAAGACUGUAGUAUUUUUACUUGAUGUGAAGUGAUUUAGUAGACUUAUUGUAAAAUUUAACAUUGAAUGUGAAUCUUAUAUAAUAUUGUUAGAGAUUUCUGUGUUUUAGUAUGGGAUCAUUCCCUUGUGUUUUCAUUGCAUGUUUAGAUCUGGUGCACAAUACUCCACAAUAAGAAUGGAAAUAUAUAAGACUUCAGUAGUACAAUUGCCCACAUUUCCUUAAAUUCAGAAAGCUUGCUUUGGAGCCUUUCUAGAUUCUCCAGUGUGAUUCUAACUUACACAGUCAAAAUAUAGGGUUCAUUAUUGUCCAUUUUCAAGUAUCCAUGGAGCAAUUUUGGAACAUAAGUAUCUUCCAUGGAUAGAGACAUCGUACUGUAUUGUUUUUAGAUCUUUUUUUUUUUUUAACUCCCAGCAAUACAUUUUAGUAGCUCAGAAACUAAGAAUGUGACACAUGCAUUUAAGGGAAUUGUGGGAUUCACUCCGCAAUAUAUGUUGCGAUUAUAUGAUUAUAGAUUGGAGAGAAAGUGGACUGUCAUUUGUAGCAUCUCAUCUGUUUGACUUCUACAAAACAGCCAUACUGUUAUUGGUUAACCAAAAUGCUGAAAAUACAUCAUAUUAGUUUUCAAAGCUUCACUGGCAAAAGGCUUAUGAAUCAUACAAGAAGGAAACAAUGGUGAUGGAAGGAUUACACUGCAGGCAGAGGCAGCAUCUUCUUGGCUAUGUAAGGACCAGGGACAAAGGGCAGGAAAAGGUAGGUUAUAUAAUUCAAGCUCCAUUAUCAACAGAAAAGUAACUCUGGCAGUCACAAGAGAAAUUACAUUUCUGUUGCUAGUGGAGUUGAAAUUUUAUUGCCUGUAUUUUAUUGCCCUUUGUCUCUGGUCUUUACAUGACCAAGGAGAAGUUUACUGUGCCCACACUGACAUGCUUCAAUAUCAUCAAAACAUGCUCGGUGGAAGACCUUCUCGCAGUGACACCGGAGGCACUCCCAAGUGGCUAGCUUCCGGUCAAGGAAAAUCUAGUAUGUCAAAUAUUUUAUUUUGUUUGUGUGUGUUUUUUAAAUACAUUAUAACUGUAUCCUCAGUUUGCUUCUGACACGAUAAUAAAUCAAUCAAAACUUAAAAUAUAGUAACAUCUGAGAUGGAAUGUAGGCCUGUGGCUCAAAUAUCACUAACUUUUUCUCUCCUCUGUAUUAUUCUUAAUUUUGUUUUCUCAUGAAGGAGCCAGCGAAUUUCUGAAAGCACUCAUGCAUAAUAUAUAGGCAUCUACCAUUUCCUGCAUUUUCGUUGGCCAAUAAGCUUGCAUAUUGCUGUCUGGACACAACAGUAAUACCUGAAUAUUUUUCUUUUUUACUUAUCACUUACAAACUGUAUGUGAUAUUCUUUAUGAUUAAACAAGGUGCUGCGUUUUUGAAACAUACAGUUUAGCAGUUCCAUAUCUAAACAUGUUUUGCUGUCCUCUAAAUUGGCAGGCUUUUACCUGAUUGAGUGAAAAAAAGAAAUCUAAGUCAAUGGUACAUAAUUUUGCUGUUACUUUGAACUUUUCCUAAGAUGCAGAAACAAUGUAAUACACAAUGUAAACAGUUUACUGUUUUUAUAUACUACAUUUGAGGUAUGUAUGCUUUAUGAAACAUGAAUAUUCUUGCUAAGGUUGUCUGUUAAAAAAUACUACUGAUAAGUGUUGAAAAUGUAAUAUGAGCACAAUUUUGGUAUCUGUGUUAAGUGAAAUGAAGUAGAAAUGCCGUAAAAUAGUAUCUGGCAUCCACCGAUAUUAGCAAUAUUAGUCUAAAAGUGUUUGCUUUUUCUUUGCUUUUGGCCUUAAUAUUUGUUAAACAUGUUUUUUAAUAUAUUGAUUGAAAUUAGGGUUUGUACUGUGGCCCCUGUGCCGCUGUGCCAAUUGUCUUAGAAUAUUGUUUUCUUCAACAUUACUUCAUUGAAGAAUUUAGCUUGGCCUUUUCUUGUCAAUAACCAUGUGGCUAACUAGAUAUGCUAAGAUUACCAUCCUCUCUGUUCCUUGUUAAUAUGGGAGAUUGGGAAUACUGGUAAUAUUUUCUUGAGGGAAUCCUUGGAUAUCCAUAGGUAGGACUACAACCCCAUUAUCCAUAUCCAUCGACCCUGCUGGCUAGGGAGAAUGGCAGCUAUAAUUCAAUAUCUUGCCAUCCCAAGGUGAAGAAGGGCUGUCCAGUUGUCUCAGUCACAUUGCAAAGGACAAUGCAAACAAAGCAUGCAUAAAAGCUCCAUAACAGCACUGGGGUUUACCUGAAUUUCUAGUUACAAGUUUUGGGGCUUUAGUAAAAUAAUUAAACUGAUUCAACUGCCUGCAAAUUUGAAUGGAUAAGGCCCUUUUAAAGAGGUAACUUGUAGAAUUCUCCAAACAAGGAAGUUUGAUUCCUCCUGAUCUAACAAAAGAUAAACCAGAAUGACAACAGUGGUGAGGGUGCUUUUUCUUCCAUUAGUCAUGGUGCAUUCACUUGUUUUUCUGGAUAGAAAUCUGACCUUUUUAUGGAGUGGGAGUUCUGUCUUCUAAUUGUGUUAUUGGUAAUCAUGUCAAGUAAAUGGGCAACAGCCUGACCUUUUAUCUUCUAGGCGACAAACUCUGGAAUAUAUCGAUGAAUGUAUAUCGAAGUUUUAUGGCUAAUGUAUAAAUAAACAGAGUAAAUAUU